CUCGAUUUGAAAAUCUCAUUAAGUGUCGGUGGCGUGUCAAUUGUCUUGGCUUCUGUUUUCUCUUCCAUUGGCCUCUGGUCUUUCGUCGGGGUGCCAGCUACCCUAAUCAUCAUCGAGGUGAUUCCCUUCCUUGUUCUAGCUGUCGGUGUCGACAACAUCUUCAUCAUGGUGCAGGACUUUAUUGUGCACGAACAGGAGGAGGGAGUUGAGGAGUUGGAUAAUGAUUAUGCUGAGGAGGACGAUGAUCAGCAUGAAGACGGAGCCGACGACGAUGCCGAUGCUAUUGACGAUGCCGAAGUAGCAAGAUCGGGACCCUGCAUGAGUGGGAGUUGUGUGGGUGGCAAGGCUAGAACUCAACGUCGACGAAAAAAACAGGGUAACAAAAAGGAGUACACUACUGUUGAAGCAAGAAUCGCCAGGACUAUGGGACGAGUUGGUCCCUCUAUGUUUCUUUCCAGUUUGGCGGAAUCUGUGGCUUUCUUCUGUGGUGCCAUGACUGAUAUGCCUGCUGUUCGCGUAUUCGCUCUCUAUGCUGGUGUUGCUAUUGUCAUUAAUUUCCUUCUGCAGAUCUUCGCGUUCACAGCUCUUCUCACUCUUGAUGCUAAGCGAAUGGAGGUAAGUCCUGCCUAA